AUGUGUUUGCAAGACCAACCCGAAACUAGUGACCAACCCAAAAAUAAUGACCAACCCAAAAAUAAUGACCAACCCAAAACUAGUGACCAACCUGAAACUAGUGACCAACCCGAAACUAGUGACCAACCCGAAACUAGUGAUCAACCCGAAACUAGUGACCAACCUGAAUGUUUAUUACUAUACCAAAGUAUUUAUGAAGAAUCGUAUGAUGAUUUAUAUGAAGAUAGUUGUGAAUAUUAUGAGCCAGAAGAUAGUUGUGGAGAGGAUGAGCCAGAAGAUAGCAUAUUGAGAGAAAUUUAUAGUGGGCAAACAUUUGUGUCAUUUGAAUGGAAAAGGGCGAGAGUAAUUGGGCAAGGAAGACGUAUAAGUGCCAUCAUAGUGGAAAAUAUGUACCAAAAAAAAGUAAAUGCUUCAUAUCGUAAAUCUGAGAACCUAGUAUUUGUUAACAAAUUUGUUAAUGAACAUAACCAUCCAUUACAAAACCGGGAUUCUCUUCAAGAAUUCUCACCAGCAUUACGUAGAAUACCAGAUGAUAUAAUGAAUGAAAUCAAAUUUUAUGUACAAGAGUGUCAAUUAGGAGCUACUGUUUUAAAAAAGAUAUUAAAAAAAAAGUAUCCAGAUCAGAACAUUUACCGCCAAGAUCUUUAUAAUGCGAUACAUAAAUUUAAAGCUGGUUCUCAAGUUAAACAUGACGCUGUGACACUUCUAGAACAUUUAAUUAAAUUACAUUCAGAGGAUCCUGAAUAUUAUUUCAAAGUUGAAUUUGAGGAUUAUAGAAGUCGAAUCAUAGCAAUGGCAGUGGUUUGUGAUGAAACUGUAUCAACUUAUGAAUGGGUUCUAGAACAAACUAAGCAUGCAAUAGGGAAUCUUCAACCAAAAACACUUUUUACUGAUGCAGAUCCAGCGAUGCAGAGUUUGAAUAGGAUUAUAAAAUUAGAGGCAAAUUCGGGAAAUUCAUUAUGCCAACUCCAGUUCGGAGUUGAAUUAAGACUAAAAGAUGAAGCCAAAUAUUCACGAUGGCAAGAAUUUUGGAAUAUGAACCCUACUACUGGAAUCCCCCGGGUCUCUAAUACUAUUUUUAAUUCGAUAGAUGAAAUAUUAAAAAAAUAUCUUACACCAAAUUCGCUGGAUAUUAGUAUAACAAUGCAGAAUUCAGAUCAGUAUAACGAAGAGUUUCUCGAGAAUGAUUAUGAAGAACCUCAAAUUUUAAUUAACAUGGCUUUGGAGGAUUGUUUAGAGGGUGUUUUGAGUGAAAUAUGGGAGUUUAAUAUUAAACUUGUGCCCUCCAGAUGGUAUUCGAAAGAAGGACUUUUGUUAAGAGAAGAAGUUCAAGAAAAAUCAAUUACACUAAUUCAAGUUGAAUCUGAAUUUCAAACUGGCACGUUUAAAACAUUAAAUAAUAUUCAUGGGCAAGAGAUAUUCGAUCAAUCUUUUAUAAAUUUAGAUUCAAAAAAAGAAAUAUAUGGCCGUGGUAUUGGGCUAUGCAAAAAGGCUUUAAAUUUGGCGAUCUUAAACAAUUCUAGUGAAGCUUUUGAAGAGCUUUUACAACAAUUUAUUAAAAAGCAAAGUAAAAUGUCUACAGAAUUUUCCAAAGAUUCUAAUAACAUUAAUAAUAUCACAGAUCUGAUUCAGCACAAAGGGAAAGGCCGACCUACAAAUAAAAGAUACUU